AUGGCGUCCGCAGCACCCGAGAAGGACAAAUCCAAGGUGCACAAGCUGUCGCUCAAAGGUAGCGCCAAGCUUGUCGCCGAGUUUUUCCAAUACUCGAUCCACACGAUUCUCUUCCAACGCGGCGUCUACCCCGCCGAAGACUUCACCGCCGUCAAGAAAUAUGGCCUGAACAUGCUGGUGUCGUCCGACGACCAAGUGCGCGCCUACAUCAAGAAGAUCAUGUCGCAGCUGGACAAGUGGAUGGUGGGCGGCAAGAUCCAAAAGCUGGUCAUCGUGAUCACCGACAAGGACACGGGCGAGCAUGUCGAGAGGUGGCAGUUUGACGUCCAAAUAUUCGCCAAAUCCAAAACCUCCAAAUCCUCCAAAUCCAAACCCUCCACCAAGCCCAACAACCAAGAAAACGAAAACACCCCCACCCCACCCACCGACGACCCCCCCGCCGCCGCCGCGCCAAAAGAAAAGACCGAAGCCGAGAUCCAAGCCGAGAUCGCCGCCAUCUUCCGGCAGAUCACCGCCUCGGUGACCUUCCUCCCGCAGCUCCAGGGCGGCGACUGCACCUUCAACGUGCUGGUGUACGCCGACGCGUCGUCCGAGGUGCCAGUGGAGUGGGGCGACAGCGACGCCAAGGAGAUCGAGAACGCCGAGAGAGUCCAGCUGAGGGGGUUUAGUACCCAGAGCCAUCGCGUGGAUACGCUGGUGAGUUAUCGGUUGGCGGAUUAG